CUCCAAAAAAGAGCUCACCACUGAGGACGCAGAACGUGCCAGGCCAGUGCAGGCACGCGCAAACUUAAAUUGCGUUAUGCGGCCAGCUGUCCUGAACUCGAUCCAGAUGACACAACAGUAAAUGGUCCCGCGAUCCACGCCCGCUGGGAGCUGAGCAGCACACCGCCGUGUCUGCUCCACUCAGUGGCUUCUCUCUCUGAUGGGCUCUGAGGAGCGCCAAGAGAAAAAACAAACGGUCCUCUGAGCUACAAUUGUGUUGUUAUUGACCGGCGGUGAAGAAGCCGGUCGAUAAGUGGAUCGGAUUUAUUAGCUCUCCAGAUUGGCUACACAAAUGUCAGAGGAGCCACAGUCCUCGGGACUGCACAGCGCGCAUCUCAUUUAGACGAAAGGAGCGCCAGACGGCGUGUCUACAACAAGUGCGGCGCAAUUUCGAGCUGAAGGCUGCGAGAAGAAGAAGUGAGCGCCAGUGACGAUAUGAUAUGGAGUGACACGUGAGCCUUUAUCAGCAUCUUUAUGCAAAGCCACCCUCCUGUUAUUGACCUGCAUUGACCGCAUGCAGUGUGAGCGUGUUAAAAUGGAAAAGUAACCCAGCAGCAUGGACCUGGAGAAUAUUGCAGUUACCUUUCUCAUCCUUCUGAGUGCUGCAUGGGCCUCAUCUCAUCACUCCUAUAUGGACAGCAUCCUCUCAGCCCGCUCAGCCUUAAGGUUCCUGGCUGAGCCGAUGAGGUUUGACCCCUGUUGUCUCAUGUCACCUCCUCCACCACCACUCUUCCCUCCUCCGCCUCAGCUUUGGAAGAGGGGCAGCCCUGACAGCAACAGCCUGUUGGAGCCGAGUGUUUUCGGAGGGGAGGCGCAGAUAAAACCAAAGCCUGUGAUACCAGGAUGUCCGCCUGGACCUCCGGGACCUCCGGGUCCGCCUGGCCCAGAGGGUCAUGGUGGAUUGCCCGGCAUAAGAGGACCAAAGGGAGAGAAGGGAGAAAUUGGACGUCCAGGGUUAAAGGGUCGUACUGGAGCCCCAGGCCUGCCAGGCAAACAAGGACUUCCAGGAUGGCCUGGCCCACAGGGGCCCAAGGGUGAGAAAGGGGACCCUGGACUCAUGGGCUUGCCAGGACUGAGAGGACCACCUGGAAUAAAGGGUUUACGUGGUUACAAAGGGGAGAAGGGAGCUCGAGGCGAUCCUGGACCAGUAGGCCUAAAAGGCGAUAAGGGUUCAAUUGGUUUGCCUGGGAUGCUUGGACAGAAGGGUGAGAAAGGACCAAAGGGAGAGCCAGGAACAACAGGGAAGAGAGGACCAACUGGGCGUCCGGGGAAGAGAGGCAAACAGGGUAUGAAGGGCCAGACUGGGGCCACUGGAUUGAUGGGCCCUCCUGGACCUCCAGGUCCUACUGGCCACCCUGGGCCACCUGGUCCUCCUGCAUCAGGUCUCUAUCUAGUAGGGGAAAAGGGGGAGAAGGGUCUUCCUGGUCCACCGGGUCACUGUAACUGUGAAGGUGCUCUCGGACCAAAUAAUGCUCCUUUUGGAAGUUACACACAGCGGCGGGGUGGAAAUAAAGUCACAGCGAUAUUUGUGGUAAACAGUGAGGAGGAGAUGGACCGUCUACAACAAGAGAAUGCAAUAGCAUUCAGGAAGGAUCAGAGGAUGCUUUAUUUUAAAGACAAAGAUGGAUGGAAGCCCAUACAGCCCUUCCAGCCAUACCAGUCUACUGAGAAAGUCCCCGACAGAGUUGGUGUCUGUGGAGAUGGAAAGGUGCAAGCCCAGCACGGAGAGGAGUGUGAUGAUGGAAACCAGAUUGUCACCGAUUCUUGCCUCAACUGUAAGUGGGCCUACUGUGGAGAUGGCUACAGACACGAAGGAAUAGAGGAGUGCGAUGGAAAAGACUUUGGUUACCAGACCUGCAAGUCUUAUCUCCCUGGGUCCUUUGGGCAUCUCAAAUGCACCGACUCAUGCCUCAUUGAUUCUACUGGCUGCAAGUACUUCACCUGAAUUCGGAGGUUUGAAAACCGCCUCAGUGGAUCUUUGCAAAUCCUCUUGAUGAUCAUUGUGAUCAAAGGGAUUGUACUUCAGAUUUCAACUGAAGUCUCACCACUUUAAAAAAAUAAAUAAAUAAAUAACCGACAGACUGAGAAAGAGUAGUUAAGGGAAGCUCUUGUGCCUGUUCUGAGCCACGAAAGGUCACGGGAGGUGUAAUCUCUAACUGACCUCAGAGAACAGCUCUUUGCUAGUGUCACUUCAUCGGCUGCAGCACUGUUACAGACACUGGAACUGUUGGGAAACCUUUUAAUGAUUUCAUGUUUGUAUCAUACGAAAUAGUUGUGUAUGACUUGCUGACUGUUAAUGCAGAAAUAAGCUGUGUUAUAAAGCACUUUUUAAUAUGAAAAAGCUAUAGAGAUAUAUGUACUGUAGUAUACAAAUCAGGGGUGUGUAAGUGUGUUUAUUCCUGUGCAAUAUAUUACAAAAAAAUGCAGUAUAUUGAUGAAGUGCAAUGCUGUCAUAUUGCAUGUAAAUGUGUUUUUUUUAGUGCACGACAGACCGCUUUAACCAAUGCUGUAAAUAUCCAAGCCAAAGUGAGGCCUUUUAGAAAUGAAUGUCCAAAUAACUCAGAUGGAAGAGAUGGGAAAAAAUGAAUGUCAUCCAAAAAAGGAUAAUCUUUGAUUAUUGCAGCAGCAUGUGGGGGAUACAUCAAAUCAUUCAUUAAAUUGUUAUUAGCUGAUAAUCUGCCUGCAUGACUGUACGUUUCAUGAAGCACUGUACACUAAUAAAGAUUCAUUCAGAUGUUGCCAAA